AUGUCCUCCCGACCCCAGAGGAAACUCCUGCUCAUCAACGGCCCCAACCUCAACCUGCUGGGCACGCGCGAACCGCACAUCUACGGCUCGACGACGCUCAGCGACGUGGUGAGCACGACCGUGUCGCGGGGCCGGGAGCUGGGCAUCGACGUGGUGCCCUUCCAGUCGAACCACGAGGGCAUGAUUGUCGACUUUAUCCAGUCGCAUUUCACGCCGCCGCCUGCACCGUCCACCCCGACAACUGCCGGUCCGAGUAGUGACGACCACAAAGGCGAGACGUCCCACCCUCCGCCGUCUGCAACCGCGAAACGAACACGCGUCGGCGUCAUCCUCAACCCGGCGGCGUUCACACACACCAGCGUGGCGAUCCGCGACGCGCUGCUCGCCACCGCCCUGCCGUUUCUCGAGGUGCACAUUUCCAACGUCCACGCCCGCGAGCCCUGGCGCAGCCACUCGUACUUCUCCGACAAGGCCGUCGGCGUGAUCAUGGGGCUGGGCGUGUAUGGGUACCGCGCCGCCCUGGAGUUUUGGGCGCAGCGGUGGGACGCGGAGGAUGAGAAGGACGGGUAG